AUGAACGAAUCCGACGAGUCCCGCGAAGGAUACGUGUACAGGCCUCCCAAGACGCCCUUCGUCCUUACCACCGCCAGACCAAGACGCCCACGCCCGGACUCCGACGAAUCGGACUCCCUCGAGAGCUCAGAGGAGUCCCUGGAAGUCCUCCGCGUCACGAGUCCAAGGCCGAGAUACAUCCCCCCGAAACCCCAGUCGUCCGAAGAGUCCCUGGAGACCCCGCCAUCGCCUACGCCAAGAACUCGUUACGUGGCCCCCGAGUCGUCUGAGGAAUCCCGAGAAGGAGGCUAUCAAUACACGCCGCCGCAGACUCCUUUAAACUUCCCGGUCCAGGAAUCGACGGAAGCUCCUGGGACUCUCUACACGGCCCCAGAGCCACAGGAGUCCAAAGAGUCUCAAGAAGGAUACGUGUACAAUGCCCCCAGUGUUCCUUUUCCGUUCCCACACAUCGAAGCCAACACUAUAGCUGCUAAUGAAAUUAAAAUCCUCUUGUACAUCAUCGCUGCAGGACCAAUUCACGCCCACACGCCCAUCAACCACCACGCCCACUCCCCACGCCCUAUUCCUACCGUGGGACAUAUAAAGGGACGGUGUGAUCGCUUGGGCACACCAUUCACCAUACUGGCACCAUACAGUGGUCAAGAUGAAGGUAGGGUGGCAUCUUGGACCCUCCUGCUACUCGCGGCUGCUGUCUCUUCUACGGCUGCCAAUUCCCCAAGGGUUAAGAGUCCAGGCACCCUCCCCGCCCUUGUUACGUACGAAACUCCCCUUAGGCACAGACCUCCUAACACACACAGACCCGAGCCAGAUCGCAGGACUCCACUCCUUCACGAUCCUGCGCAGGAGGACCAAAGGCACCAGGGUCCUCCUCGGGAAACCCACAAAUCUCAAAGGAACUCGACAUUGGUUCAUAAGGGGUAUCCGUUUCCCACGCAGAAGGUGCAAAGUUCAGAUCUCCUUCGUAAUUCCCACGUAUUGGAGCCGGUUUUCACAGCUCAGAAUCCCACACAUACCUUCGAUUACUCUGUCAAGGACGACGACUCCGGCAACGACUUCGGCCACCAGGAGUCCCGCGACGGCCACGACACCCAAGGAUCCUACUACGUGAGGUCUGACCCCAUUCCCGUUGCAGAUCUCCAAGCCACGUAUUUGUUAACUGCGAAACCUCGGUCUACUUAUCUACCUACCAAGGGACCCAAACCUACUGACUUACCGACGGCAAGACCUCAACCUCCUUAUUUGUCGAGAACUAAAUCCAGACGCACUUAUCAAACCACUAAGAAACCUCAGACCACUUAUCUGAACGCUGAAGAACUUCAGACCACUUAUAACAACACUAGGAAACCUCAGGCUACUUACCUGCAUACAGGAAAACCUCAGACAACUUACUUACCUCAGUCUACCCACAGACCUCAGACCAACCCCAAGCCUGGACUCACACCCUUGCCUAAGUUUAACAAGAACCCCGAGACCACUUACGAAAUUUUGCUCUCUGAUAGGCCUAUAGAAAACCCACCCUAUGUACCAGCGACAACAUAUAGGCCUGUUGUUCCGUAUAAACCGAAGCAAGUUUAUAGUUGA